AGGAUCAAUCGCUUAGAGAAUGACUUGUCAUUGAAGCAGGGCGCUGGUACUGUGGAGGAGCUUCAGAAAGACUUGCAGCAGGCGGUCACGGCAGGUGAUAAACCGAAGGUCAGCGAGAUCCUUGAGAGUUUGCUAGGGAUGUUCAAGGAGAGCAAAGUGACCUAUGAUGCCGUGAAGACCUGCAAAGUGGGGAAGGAUGUGGGCAAUGCCAUGAAGAUGGGCGACCCGGACAUCGCGGCGCUGGGACGAAAGGCGGUGGGAGAGAUUCAGGCAUUGGCACAAAGAGCUGCCUUGGGGAUCUGAGGAAUUCGUCCCAGAGGUUUUGAAGAAAUCUCAUCGAGUUUUCCCAACUGAGUAGACAGAUGAACGGCGCAACUGGAUGCAGUUGGAUCUGCCAUGUAUGCCAGAUUGUUUUUUUAUGCUGGGUGAAUAUGUGGCCAUAAAUGGCAUGCCA